GUUUGGUAUCGAACGGCUCGGAGAGGUCCUUCCCGAUCCUGACGGAGCUUUUCGUGUUGUUCAACGUCAGUUUACACAACCGUAUUAGUUUUGCGGGGACACGCGCUAUUUACUGUUUAAAAAUAUUCCUGUUCCGAGCUCAAUAUCCUAUGCAGGAAGAACAAAAAGCAGCACUAGCUGAUGUCUGCAUUUUCAUAGUGCGAUUUUAUAUUAAGAUUUGGUUCAAAUGCUCCGACGCUACUGCUGCUCCCGUUGACGAUUUAAAUAUAAUAAAAAGUUUUAAAUAUUAUGAAAGCAUUGAUUUUACAACCAGCGAUGCUGCACUGCGAAAAUUGUCUAACCAUUUAUGGUAUUUGACAGAGGAAGCAGCCGCUUUAGCCUUAUUUGAUGACAGACUAUCAGUAGGGACAAAAGUCCAAAUGGUCAGUGCUCUUAAAAAACCCGGCAGAUGCGAUGGAUGCAAAAAACUUAUUCUAGGUUCACAAGACAUGGGACAAUUGUUAGACGAGACCAUGGAGCAUUUCAUAUCUUCCAACAGUCUCAAAUUGUUUUCAAGGCUGCAGAUAGAUACCAGCUUCUUGGAUUUCAACCCAGAAACAUGGCAGACGCAGGCUUCAUGUAUGGAUGGCAAAAAAAUAAUAAACUCUCUAAAAGUAGUUAGCGACACUGCAGAAAGAGCCGUAAAACUAAUGCAAGAUUACCGUGGAUUGCUAACCAAAAAUGAAAGUGAUUGGGGUUAUAUUUUGCAAUGCAUACAAGAACAUAGGAAAAUGUAUCCGAAUUGUUCAAAACAAACUUUUAAAAGUUGUAAAUAAUUAUAAUUUUGUGUAAUGUAUCAUACAUAAUUCAGCGAAUGUACCAUUGGGGUAUGAGUGACGUGCAAUUAACAAUACAAUUUUCUAUCGGCACUAUAAGGCGUGGUCCGAGAGGCGUGAAAUUUUCGUAGAUUCAUUUUCUUAUCAAGUCUCAACUAUUUUCAGCUUUCGUGAUAAAAAUUUCGAAUAAAAAUUUUUAACGAACAGGCAAAUAUACAUGCACAGUAUAGAUGCUAAUGGCUCCACUGUGAAUGCCAGUCAAUGCGUGUCUAAGUUUGUUGCGUCCGUAGUCUGAUAUUUGCA